AUGCCCUCCCCUCCCAAUGAUGGAGAGGAUCAAGGAGCGUCCCCCGUGAACGGGCCAUCUGUGGGCUCCUACCAGAGCAGUGGGAAGAGGAAGAUGCACACCAAAAAGAAGAAAGGCACCAUCACUGCCAAUGUCGCUGGCACCAAAUAUGAGAUCGUUCGUAUAGUCAUCAACGAGAUGGACUUUAUCAAGACCCGGGAUGAAGAUGAGACUGCCAACCUCAUCUGGAAUGACUCAGCCGUGCAGCAUGAGAAAAUUGCUGAGCUCAGGAAUUAUCAGAGAAUUAACCAUUUCCCUGGCAUGGGCGAAAUCUGCCGGAAAGACUGCCUCGCAAGAAACAUGUCCAAAAUGAUCAAGUGCCAGCCUCAAGAGUACAGCUUCAUACCCAAAACCUGGAUCUUCCCCGCCGAGUACACUCAGUUCCAGAACUACGUCAAAGAGCUACGCAGGAAACGCAAGCAGAAGACCUUUAUCGUCAAACCUGCCAACGGAGCCAUGGGUCACGGGAUCUCACUUAUCCGCAACUGCGAGAAGCUGCCAGCCCAGGAGCACUUUAUCGUUCAGGAGUACUUGGACAAGCCCUUCCUGAUGGAGGGCUACAAGUUCGACCUGCGCAUCUACAUCCUCGUCACAUCCUGCGACCCGCUGCGCAUUUUCCUCUACAACGACGGCCUGGUUCGCAUGGGCACCGAGAAGUACCACGCACCCAGCGAGGCCAACCUGAGCCAGCUCUACAUGCAUCUGACCAACUACUCGGUCAACAAACACAACGAGAACUUCGAGCGAGACGAGACGGUGGACAAAGGCAGCAAGCGCUCCAUCAGCUGGUUCACCGAGUUCCUCCGCACCAACGACUAUGAUGUGGCCAAGUUCUGGGGAGACGUCUCUGAGCUGGUUGUGAAAACGCUAAUAGUGGCUGAACCUCAUGUGCUGCACGCCUACCGCAUGUGUCGCCCCGGACAGCCACCAGGGAGCGACAGCGUCUGCUUCGAGGUCCUGGGCUUCGACAUCAUCCUGGACCGCAAACUCAAACCCUGGUUACUGGAGAUCAAUCGAGCGCCGAGCUUUGGGACCGAUCAGAAGAUUGAUUACGAUGUGAAGAAAGGGGUGCUGCUCAACGCUCUGAAACUCCUCAACAUUAGGGCCAGCGACAAGAAACGCAACCUGGCGCAGCAGAAGGCGGAAGCUCAGCGACGGCUCUACGGACACGGAUCCAUGAAGAAACUCUCGGCCGCUUCCUCGGACUGGGAGAAACAACGUCACACGCUGGAGCGGAGGAGAGAAGAGCUGAAAGAGCGACUGGCACAGGUUCGCAAGCAGAUUUCCAGGGAGGAGCAUGAAAAGCAACAUCUGGGGAACUACAGACGUAUUUACCCCCCAGAUGACAAGCUGCUGUUGGAGAAGUAUGAAAGCCUGCUCUCGGCUGCCUUUCAGACCUUCCUCGCCGGGCGAGCUGCCUCACUUCAAAAGGAAAUGAAUAAUCCUCUGAAACGAAUGAAGGAGGAGGACAUUUUGGAUCUGCUGGAGCAGUGUGAACUGGACGAUGAGAAGUUGAUGGGCAAAUCCUCCAGGCAACGAGGCCCUAAGCCGCUGACCGCCAUGCCGGAGUGCAGUCAGACGCCGAGACGCCAAAGGCCGGACUACCUGGCCGACUUCAGCAGCGGCAGCAGCGCCGACAACUCCUGCACCUCUUCAGACGAGGAGGAGGAGGAGAAGAGGAAAGCAGGAGGAGGAAGAGGUGGAGAGAAGAGAGGGGAGAAGAAAGUUUCCUACGACCUUGGGGAGAGCAAGGAGAAGAACUUGGCCGAGCGCUCAGGUCGCAUGCACUUGAAACCUCCAAUCAAGUCACUCAAAACCAGCACCGCCCCGUCCGCCUCGCCGACGCUCUCCGGCCCAAUCCGGCGCUCCAUCUCCUGCCCGCGCUCCAUCGCCUCCCUCUCGUCGCCCAGUGAGGUGCGAGCGCUGUCCACCAGGCCCUCGCCCACCGUCCCUGUGGCCACGCCCCUCGUCCGGCCGAGCUCCGCCACGCUGCGCUCCCAUUCGCUGAGCCGCAGCGGCUCCGCCCACCGCGUGCCUCACAGCAACAGCCUGGGGACCAUCCACUCCAACAUAGGAGAGCCGCUGAUAAACCUGCGGAGUAAAGAGCAGGAGGCAGAGCUGGUGCGUCAGACCCUGGCAGUGCUCACCGCCAUGAGGAUCAGGUUUCCGGGCAAAACCGAAGAAGAGGCCGAGGCGGUGCUGGAUGAGAUUCUCGACAACUGGAAAUAUCAUAAACCAAAGGUGGCCUCGUACUGGCUGGUGAAGUUGGACUCAACCAAACAGCGGAAGGUGUUGGACAUCGUUCGCACCAACGUACGCUCGGCGCUGCAGCGGAUCUGGAGGGAGCCGGACGUGGAGAGCCUCCACCUCUACCGGCUUUUCAACCGAGUCUUCAACCGGCUGCUGUGGAGCCACGGACAGGGCCUGUGGAACUGCUUCUCCAACACUGGCUCAUCGUGGGAGACCAUCUUCAGUAAGAGCAGCGAGGUGGUGUCGCCCCAGGAGCUGCAGUGCUGCCGCCGGCUGGUCCAGCUGUGCCGAGACUGCCUGUUGGUCGUCUACAAGUUUGUCUCCGAGUCCCGCGGCUCUUUGACCGGACUCAGCCCCGAAUGGGAUGACACGAGGUAUCUGCUGCCAGUGACCUCCCAGUUCAUCAUGAAGUGGCCUUCGUCCAGCUUCGGCCGCCUCUCCUCGGCCGUGCCGCGCUCCCGCAGCCUUUUCGCCGCCAGGAUGGGCCACUUCUGA